AUGCGUCCUUUCCUCCAAACUAUUGUACUCCUCGCAUCCAGCGUAAGCCUGGCUUGGGCGGCGCUACCGUCUUCUUCCCAAUUCGACCUGUCAGCGCCAUCUUACGACCUCUUCCGCAGCAAGCCCCUUGCUGACGCGACAGUCCAACAAGGCUUCUCCUUCGACAAUGUCAAUCAUCGCCUCUUUGUCGCCCAACGCCGCGACGGGUCCUCCGAAACCGCCGGCGAUCUGUGUAUCACCCAGCUUGAUUUCCACGGAAACAUUGUCGGAUCAAUGGACCUGAUCGGGUUUGGCCACGGCGUGUCCUUUGCCGCUCAGCCAGUCGUUUGUCAAUGGCAAAACUCUGUCGCAUACCGAUGCCUCGCUCGCGAAAUUCACUGCUGUUGA